UUUAAUUUCAUGGUCUGAAUCAAGCAGGAUUUGAACGGAAAUCAAUAAGCCAGGAACAACCGAUCCAGUGUGAUCAGUCUUGUUAUAUUUCAGAAUGGCGGAUAGAUCGUUGACGGACUUCCAAAAGGAGAAAAUACUUCGGGUGUUUCAUUUGUUAUACGAUACAAAUCAAGAUGGGAUGAUAAAGAAAGAAGAUUUUGGACUUGCUGUUGAGAAAGUAUGUAAGAUAUUAGACUGGACAAAAGGUGGCAAGGAAUAUUCUGAGGCAGAGGAAACAUUGAAUUUGAUAUGGGAAGGUUUGAAAAAAUAUGCUGAUGAAAACCAGGAUGAUAAGGUAUCGGAGGAUGAAUGGCUCAAAAUGUGGACAGAAAGUGUUAAAGACAUUAAAAGUGGUAAAGAGUUUCCGGAAUGGCAGAAAAAAUUUGUAGAUUUCAUGUUUAAAGUCAACGACAAAUCGGGUGACAAUGAAAUAGAUGAGAAUGAAUUUAGCACGGUUUAUCAAGCAUAUGGUAUUAGCAAAGAAAAUUGUAGCACUGCCUUUAAGAAAAUAUCCGGCGGUAAAAAUAUUACUAAACCAGAAUUUGAGGCACUGUGGAUGGAAUAUUUUGUUUCCAACGAUCGAUCAUCUAAGGGAAAUUACCUUUUUGGUGUGCCUGACUUCAUGUGAAGGGGAUAAAUAUAUUGGUGAUAUUUAGCCGAAUUUAAUCGAUGUUACAGUGAAGAUGUUAAUUGUUUAGUCUUUCUGGUUGUGUCGUGAUGCUGUGUUCGUAUUUUGGAAACUCUGAUGAAGGGAUGAUCUACUGUAUAAUGAUCCAUAGUUUCAAACUUCUACGUCAUUUGAUCUCUGAUGGAGAGUUGUCUCAUAGGCAAUUGCAACACAUCUUCUUAUUUUUAGAUAGAAUGAUUUCUAGAAGUAUUUCAUAUUAUAAACACUAGAAGAUGCCCGCGAAAUCGCGGUACAAUUGGGCAAGGGUUGAAACAAAGAGAUUUUAAAUUUCGCGGGCAGUACGUCGACUGAGCAUGCGCGAAAGCGUAUAUGACACUGGUCGAUAAGGAUCUCCGAAAUUAGAUAUUUUCUCAAAAAUUGGUGUUUUCUGUGGAAAAAUGAUUGUUUCAAAGACAAAUUUAGGAAGUACAAAGCACUAUAUUUAUACGUCAUAUCACAAAUAUUUCCGACUUUGUAUGGUUUCAGAGGAGUUGCGGCUCAAUGAAAUCGGUCUCUUCCUUUAGUAGUAUAGAUUUAACAGAGAAAAAAAACAUCUGCUUAUUAUGUCCCACCCAAACCUACACAUGCUAACGAGCAUUAUGGUUAGCUUAUACAUGUAAUAUUUAUGUUUAUCUUAAUGUAAUAGAACUGAAAUUGAAAUGAUUUAGAUGAGAUUUAUUUGUUGAUGGUUGCCUGCUCAAUAUCCAUUAUGUCAGGCAUAUUUAGGACGAGUCAAAUUUAGACCACAAUCCUAAACAGGUCUAAGUCUAGACAUGUGCUCAAUGUGUUCUCUUUUUAAACCCUUUUUACAGUGUUAAUCAGCUUACAGAUUACAUCAGAUAAUACAAGUAUGAAAUCAAAUUACUUAGUACAAAUGUACUUAAUAAAUCUGCUAAGAGAACACUAUUAAGUACUCAUCCAAUCGAUUGUUUGUUAAAAAGUGUUGAAUAUUUAAAGGACAUUGCAAUAUUUAAAUUAUCGGAAUUACGUUGAUAACGCUUCAAAAUUAGCCAAUUGUUUCUAUAUUCACUGUAAUAGUACAUGCAUUUUCAAAAGGACGCUCGUUUUCUCACGAUAUUUAAAUCAUACUGUGCUACCUAAAUAACACUACAAAUUUAGCCGAUUGUUUCUUUUUUCUUUUUGUAAUAUUUCAUGAUGUUGAAUUUAAAAAAGACGAUCUAUUGCUUGCUUCAGUUGAUAGAAUAUACAUGUUUGAUAGCCAUGCUGUUUAGGUGUUAUAGAAAUGGUAUUUAAAAUAUUAUUGUAUGGUAUAUUUCUUAUAAUUUUAUACUGAAUAAAUAUACUAUCAUUGAAAA